AUACUGUUGGAAAAGGGAAAUUAAAACUGCGAAAGAAUGAAUUCGUAUACAGUCUCUCUAAGCGUCUUAGUGUUCGUGGCAUGUUUUUCACAAAUAUCUGGGCAAGCCGCCUGUAACUUAUUCCCAUGUGUGAACGGUGUAUGUGAAUUGAAUGCAGCUGGUGUACCGUCCUGUAACUGUUAUCCGGGAUAUAAACCUAUUGCGACUAUCCCACAAUACUGUGUAGAUAUAGACGAAUGUCUGGAAAAUCCAACCAAUCCGUGCUCUCCAUUUAGAUGCUGUAACGAGGCUGGUAGAUUUAGAUGCACACGAGAAAGAACUUGCCAAUAUCGGCCCAAGUCUUCCUUUAACCCUCUGUAUUUAUUGCUAUUGAGAGGAGGUGGAAAAUAAAUAAUUUGUUGACACGACGACAUGCAUCAGCGAACUGUACAAGACAAAUGAACGCGUUGCGACUUAUUCAUGAUUUCUGUACUAAAUAAAACAAAUAAUGUA